AUGUCUGAUUUUUCGUUAUCAAAAUACCUAACUACUUUCCAAACAAGUGAUAAAAGAUCAUUUCCAGCAGUCGAAAACUCAUCUGGGGAGUUAAAUAUAAUUAUAGAUCAACUAGCUGUUUCACCAGAGCACAUAGAUGUCAACCCAGAAACAUUUGAAUCAUUAAUCGACUUAUGUCAUUCAUUCCCUCAUUUACCUCCUAAAUUACAAACCCAAUUAACUUAUUUAGUAAGUUCAUCGAUGAACAAUUUACUACAUGAUAUAAAUUCAAUUUUAAAUGGAUCUUCAAAUAAUGUUGAUAUAUUAGAAUUAUUUCCUCAGUGGAAAAGACAUCUAGAAGAAUAUGGGUAUUUAUUACAUGUGCUCCUAACGUUUUUACAUGAUGAUGUACAUAUAGCAUCAUCGCAAUCAUCCGUUGGUCGUGGUGGGAAUAGUUCAAAUAAAAAUGCAUCUCAGAAUAGAAACGUCGAACUCUUUAAAAGAAGUUGUAAUCAAAUCGAAUCAAUUGCUGAAGCAGUACUAAAAGUUCUUAGACUAAAUUUAUCAAGGAUAUUUCAGACUACCCCAGAAUUAGAUUUGUUCUUAAGUUUAUUUCUAAGACCACUAUUCGUUAUUAUUGAAGUCGAACCAAUAGUAAAAGUAACUCAUUUAAAAAUGUUUAUUCAACAAGUAAUUGCGAGAGCAGUUAAGUUUCAUGGGCAAGCUACAACAGUACAGAGCUCUAUGAUGUCUACUUUGACAUACUUUUUGCAUCUGUCAACAUUCAAUGCAGAGAUAUUGAACAUUCUAAACAAAGAGUUCGACUUUUCACAACUUACUGAAGAAAUAUUACGUGAAAUAAGUACGAGGGUCUUUAAUGCAAAAGAUACCACUGGGCCCAAAGCUAUUUCUAAUUUCUUAAUAAAAUUAUCAGAAUUAUCACCACAAGUGAUGCUUAGACAGAUGUCUUUAGUAAUUAGAUUAUUAAACAAUAGUUCAAUUACCUUACGUUGCUCUGUCGUUGAAGCUUGCGGUAAUAUUGUGACUGAAUUAAUCAAAGAUCAAGAAACUCUUGACCAUUAUAAACAACAAAUUGGCGUGCUUAUGGAAUUGUUAGAAGAGAGAUUUCAAGAUUCGAAUCCUUUUGUAAGAACAAAAGCUAUUCAAGGUUGUCUGAAAAUUUGUGAAAUGAAGGUAAAAUUCAACAGGAGUAGAGUUAAUUUUACAAAACUGGCUGUGAGAUCCUUGGAAGAUAGAUCCUCACUAGUUAGACGUAACGCUGUUAAAUUACUCUCGAAGUUAUUAUUAACACACCCAUUUGGAGGUAUGAAUGGCAAUCAAUUAAUUUUAAAAGAUUGGGAAAAAUGUUUGGAGGAAGCUACUGCCCAACUUGAUAAAUAUGAAGAAUCACAAGGAGAGACAGAAUCUCUUGAUGAAGUAAUUGAAAGAUCAUUACUUGAUUCCAAUAAUGAUAAUGAAAGAGAAACUCUACUAGGUGACAUAAUAAAUAGUGAGAAUAAUUUGACAAGAAUAGAGAAAGAAUCAGAAAAAGAAAGUACUACAGAUGUAAACAAAUUAUUGAAGAUCAAAUUAAUGGUAGCAUACUUCGAAGAUGCUGUCGACUUCAUUAAAGAUAUCCAUAAGGCAAUAUUUUUGUCAUCUAAUUUACUGUCCUCCAAAAAUAGAAAUGAAGUUUUAGAUGUAAUGGACUUUCUCGUAUUAACAGACGCGUAUAGUUUGGAACCUAGUAAAGAAGGUAUCAAAAAAAUGCUACAUCUAGUUUGGAUGAAAGGUACUACUGAUGAAGGAAAGAGUAUACCAGCUCAUUUAAUUAGUUGCUAUAGCCAAUUAUUUUUGACUACACCAGAGGAUUAUAAUUACAAGCAAAAAGCUACUCAUAUUGCCAAGAAUUUAAUACAACUGACAGCUGAUGCUUCGUUGGCUGAUUUAGCCUCAUUGGAACAAUUAUUAUGUCUAAUGUAUAGCGAAAAAUUGAUAGAUGACAACGUUGUAACAGUACUCUGGUCUAUUUAUAAUUCAGCUACUAAAGAAUCUAAUUCAGAUGAAGCAUUGUCUCGCAUACAGGUUCAUGGUUCUAUCAUAGUUUUAGGCAUGUUAGCGCUAACCAACCAUAACAUCGUUAUUAGAGGAUUUGACUCCUUAGUUAAUAUCGGUUUGGGUGAGAUAGGUAGUCAUGAUCUAAUUUUAUGCAAAUUUUCUUGCUUGGCAUUGGAAAGAAUUGUUCCUAAAAACAAUGACAAUGUUUCAAAAGCUUUGGAUGACAACCAUAGGGACGAAGCUAUUAAAAAAUUAUAUCUGGCAAUAGCUAGAUUUACUGAGGACAUCGAUUACUAUCCAAUGUGUGAACAGGCUAUAAGUGCAUUAUUUACCAUAUCUGAUAAACCAGACGAGAUUUCAACAGAGUUAAUAAAAGAAAAGACAAUGAUGACAUUUGGUAAUAGCACAGAUAAGGAGAGCUCUUUUAUGGAAGGUAUUUCAAGAACUACAUCAUUGAGUCAAUUGCUAUUUAUUGUAGGUCAAGUUGCAAUCAGAACACUAGUAUACCUUGAGAGAUCCGAAGCUGAAUUCAAGAAAAGAAAGAUAGAGGUAGAAACACAGAAGGGGAAAGAGAAGAUGGAUGAACAAGCAGACGAAGCAGAAGUAACCGAUAUUGGCAAUUCUACUAUGAAUGAAUCAAAAGACAAUGAGUUUGCCAUGAUUGGGGGUACUAAUGAAGAUGAUUUUACAGAUGCAAUUAUUUUCAUUAAAGAAAAUGAAUUACUAUAUGGUGAAAAUUCUAUUCUAGGCAAAUUUUGUCCAAUUGUAGAGGAAAUUGUGUCAAGUAAUAGUCGAUUUAAUGAUCCUAUAUUACAAAGGACCGCCACAUUAUGUUUAGAAAAAUUGAUGUGUGUUUCAUCUAAAUAUUGUGAGAAAAGUUUACCAUUAUUAAUUACAGUGAUGGAAAAAUCCAAAGAUCCAAUCAUUCGUUCUAAUGCAGUUCUUGGAUUAGGUGACAUGGCUGUCUGUUUUAACAAUCUUGUUGACGAAAACACUGAUUACUUAUAUCGUCGAUUACAUGAUGAAAACUUAAUGGUCCAACGUACAUGUUUAAUGACUGUAACCUUUUUGAUUUUAGCUGGACAAGUAAAAGUUAAGGGACAAUUAGGUGAAAUGGCCAAAUGUUUAGAAAAUCCAGAUCAAGGUAUUAGUGAUCUAUGUAGACUAUUUUUCACUGAAUUGGCAACCAAGGAUAAUGCUAUUUAUAAUGGAUUUAUUGAUAUAUUUAGCAACCUAUCAGGUGACGAAUCCCUAGAAAAUGAAAGUUUUAAAAGAAUCACGAAAUUCUUAUUAUCAUUUAUCGAAAAGGAAAGACAUCAAAAGCAAUUAAGUGAAAAACUAUUAGGAAGAUUAUCUAAAUGUGAAACACAAGAACAAUGGGAUGACAUUGCAUUUGUACUGAAUUGUAUGCCAACUAAAAAUGAGAAAAUAUCAGAAAUUUUAGAACAAGGUUUUAAAAUCGUUACAGCCAGAGAAUAA